UUAAAGAGCACGUUCAACUGGCUAACACUGUUAGCUUUGUGCUCAAAGUUUUCUGCUUUGCCAAACAAGGCGCAGAGCUUCGUUGAACUGUUUGUUCUUUGAGCCCCUGGGAUAUAUCUCUGAUAUCAAUUCGGGAUUUUUAAAACAUGGCCGGGUCGUUGUCUUAUGCCUGUUCGGAUUUUUGUUAUGAAAGAAAGCGAACUCAGCCAGCUAACAUUAGCUAGCAAGUGUCCCUGCUUUGACAUAAACAAUAGCUGAUGUGGUAUCAGUAAACAUAAAGUUAAUUUGAUACAUUUGCAACCAAAGAAAUCAUCUGGCAUUUUGUACCAACAGCUCAUCAAACAGACUCUGCACAAUGGCAUUGAUUUGCAGCGCUGCUCUUCAAACCACAGCAUGAUGAAGAGGAGUACGACCAAGAAGACUACGCCAGAGAGCAAGAGCUGCACAAACUACUGACAGACCUGCCAGAUGACAUGCUGGAAGACAGCAGAGACUCCUCCUCCCCAGAGCUGGAGUACUCUAGCUGCAGCAACAAAAAUACUGGCAAUAGUCCUCAGUCCACAGGGACUCAGCAGUGGUCAGAUCACCCUAGGCCAACUUCUCAUGAACAGAACUAUGAAGCUGAGUACAAUCAGCACUCUUAUAAGCAGUACGUUUAUGGAGAUGGAACAGCUCAGAUCAAUGGACAUCAGAUUAUCCCCCAGACUCAGCCUUUUCCUCACACCUGGAACCAGCAGUCAGAAGACCACCAGUUCACCCAAGGAGAUUACACAUAUACCAGCAUGGGCACAGAAAAAUCUGCAGAGAGCAAUGAUUUCUCUGCGGAUGAUUAUGAAUCUAAACCAUAUCCUCAGGCUGCAAAUAACCCUGUGGAAUAUAAUGGAGAAGGAGGAUACAGGGACAAGCAAACCCAUGAGGACCAUAAGCCGAGGAACCAUUUUCAGUCUGCAGCUGUGGACAGAGGUGUGGACCAGUACAAGCCCAGUUACAACCCACACCAUGCUGCCUGUCAGCCAAAGAUGUUUAACCCUCAACCUCAUCAAGAAGGUCAACUAGACCACCUACAGAGAGAAUUCCUGGAUUCAACAGCAAAAACUGCCGACAGGGAGCAGGUUGUCCAGCUGCAGAUUUUACACAAGGCUCAACAGAGGCAAAUUGAAGACUUGGAGCGAAAAUUGGAGGACUCGAGGCGUAACAUGAGAUACAUCGAGCAUCAGUUUGCAAUUGUGAAAGAUGAAAAGGAUGGACUAGCAGUGAGUCUUAAGGAAUCAAGCCGACUGGUAGAAGAAUAUAAAGAGAGAGAAGUUAAAUUGCAAAACAAAGUGAAAUCAAUGGAGCAGCAAGUCCAGAUCCUGAAUGAGAGAGACCAGGAGAGCAUGAAGAAGCAGCAGGUGGCUGAAGCUGCCGUAGAUAGUAUGAAGCAGCAGAUGUUGGAGCUUUGUCGCUCUGACACCCUGUCCAGAGCACGAGAGCAGCAUGACCGAGACCUUACCGUCAUGAGAGAGCAGCAUGAGGCAGCGCUGUUGGCCUUUGAGCAGAAGUUGGACUCUACAUCUCAGGCUCUGGAUGAACAGAUUGAUGUUGGUCAGAGGUUACGAGAGCAAAUAAAGCAGCUGGAGCGUCAGCGAGAAGUAGAGCAGCUGGAGAGAGCCAAAGUGGUGAACGGACUCACACAGCGACUGGAGGAGAGUCAACAACAGUGUGCCAAGCUGCUGCAGACAAGUUCAGUGCAAGAAAUGAGUCAGCUGCAGAUCAAACUACAACAGGCUCAAUCAGCCAAGACUUUAAGUGAAAAUAUGAACAAAGUCUUGCAGGAUGAUCUGGCUGAGUUGAAGGAGCAGAUCACUCUGUAUGAAUCUGCAGUGAAACAUGGUGUUAUUUCAUUAGAACGGAACGCUGACUUGGAGCAUCAGCUCUCUGAAUCCUGUUUGGAUUUAGGAUUAAAGAAAACCAACUUGAAAAAUGGCACACUUCACAGUACUGCUCUGGCUAACUUGUCAGAGUCCAAGCUGCCCCGGGAUGAGGCUCUGCGGCUGCUGCGAGCAGAGAUGCAGCGCUGCCUGGGGAGCCUGAAGGGGAAGAGGCAGAAGAUCAGCCACCUGCAGGAGGAACUCCAGCUCUCUCAGGCCCGAGUGGAGGAGCUGCAGACCCAGUUAGAUGAAGCUAAGCUCAGCCUCUCGGUCAGAGAAAACUGUCAGAUGAAUCAUCUAGACAUGACUGGAGGCUCUCAGAAGGAGCUGAUGAAAUUACAGGAAGACAAACAACAUUUGCAGGAGCAAGUGGAGGAGUUGGAAAAGAAAAAUAAAGAGCUGAAACAGAAUGAGGAAAAGGUGAGGGCUGCCAACUUGGAGCUGUGCACCAAGAUGAGAGAAAUGAUCCAGGAUUUGGACCAAGAAAAGCAGGAAGCUGCUGAGAGGUCUGAGCGAAUUCAUCAGCAGCACAGAGAUGACGUGGUGAACCGGGUCAGAACAGAGCUCAUGUUGGAGCACAACGCUCAGGUUGAACAGAUGACUGAACGGCAUCAGCAGCAGCUUCAGGAGUUACAGACACAGCUGUCUGAGGUCAAUGAUAAGAUGUUAGCUGUACAAGAGUGUUACAUAUCGGUCUGCAAAGAGAAGGACAUGCUUGAAGAAAGUUUACGCAGCAGGAAGGAGGAGGAGGCUUCAGUCAGUGAGAAUGAGCAAAAGAUUAGAGAAGAGAGUAAUGCAGCCCUGGAGAAGCUACGGGCUGAGCUACAGGCUCAGCAUCAGGUCUCAAUGAACGAGCUCAAAGCUCUGUGGUCCAAGGAGAAGGAGGCUGAGAUCCAGCAGCAGGUGAACUCUCAUGUAGCGUUGACCAAGGCCACCUGGAAGGAGGAGCUGCGAAAGAUGGAGAAGACAUGGCUUCAGAGACUAGAGGAGGCUAGAAAAGAGGGAAGCAGAGAAACUGCUGAGGUGAUCUGUCAGACAGAGGAGUGUGAAGCCGGCAGUGAGGCCAUUACUGCUGAGGAGCUGGACUACAGGCUCAAUGCCCAGAAACAGCAGCUGCAAGUGGAAGCUGACAAAGUCAAACGUAAAGCUGUAGAGGAAGCAAGAAAGCAAACCCAGAGAGAGUUACAUGAGAAGCACCUGGACGACAUGGCCGAACAGGUUGAAGGUGCAGUGACCAGGGCCUACAAUCGCUGGGUUGAGGACUUGACUUCAUUACCAGAGUACCAAGCCUCUCUCAAAUCAGAAAGGGAGAUGUGGGAAGAGUCUCAGGAACAACUCACACAACAAAGGAUAUCUCAGGCCCUGGCAGCGGCUGAAGAUCAGUGGCAUAAGAGACAGAAGAACCAGCUGGAGGAGCAGAGUUCUGGAGCACAAAGGGUGGAGGAGCUCCAGGAGAAAGUUACAGCUCUUCAGAUCCAACUGGAGCAGACGAGGAAGGAGCAAACAGCCCUUCUGAAGGCUGAGCUGGCAGGAGCUAGAGCAGUCUGGAACCGAGACAAACAGCAGCAGAUCUCCAUUAUCAAGGCCCAAUGUCAACAGGCGUAUCAAACAAAGCUAGAAGAGCAGCACAAAAACCUCGAGGAGGCUUUGCAGAAGACCAGAGAGGAUGAAGACCUCCAGAAGAAAGAGCUGCUCUUGCAGAUGGAAGCCAAGCUGCAGCAGACUGUCAGCGCCCGAGAAGCAGAGAUAAAACAUCACUAUAUGGAGAAGGAGCAAGCACUGUUACAGCAGAUAAAGGCUGAAUCACAAGCAGAGGUGCGGACUGUUCUAGCAGAGGUGCAGGCCCAACUUCUCAGGAAUCCAAAAACAGAUCAACAAAGUACUGGAGAAACCAGGAGGACCAGCGGGGCCACAACAGAAGGCACAAUAACACACAUGAUCCAAAGUUUCUGCAAAGAUACAGUCAACAGAGCGGUAUCCCAGGCCAAGAUGGAGUGGAAGAAAAUAAGUGAAGAGAAACUGAGCCGUGUAUUGAAAGAAACACAGGAAUUGCACGAGAGAGAUAUCAACAGAAUACAAACCUCUAUGUCCCAGAGGAGGGAGCAAGCCCGCUGUAGAAAGGAGUGCAGUGAAACUGUAAGUACACUCCAGAAGAAGAACCGGGAGCUCCAGAGACAUUUGGAGAAAGCCUGUCGUCAGCUGCAGACCACUGUGAGAGAGCACAAAACUGCCACUCAGCGCCUCAAUGAUGAACAUGAAAGUAUCCUUCAGAAAGUGAAGAAGGAACAUCUACAGCAGCUAGAGGAAACAAAAAGAACCAGAGAAUCUGCAGGGAGCUCUGACCAACAACAACAUUUUCAGCAAGGCCUCGAAGAGAUGAAGCAGCAAUAUCUAAUGACUGUGGAAAAGAUCCGAGGGGAUAUGCUGCGCUACCUUCAGGAGAGUCGUGAACGAGCUGCAGAGAUGAUCCACACCACAGUGCAGAGGGAGAGGCAGGACAUGGCCAGAAAGAUGCGCCGCUAUUACCUCACCUGUUUGCAGGAGUUACUGGAGGAUGGAGGAAAGACAACGGGGGCUGAGAAGAAAAUAAUGAGCGCUGCAAGCAAACUGGCAGCCAUGGCUGAAGUCCUAGAGACACCGUUCAAAAUGAAAUCUGGGAAGAAUCACAGCUUACCAAGUAGAACUGCAGAUUUCAGUAAAACCCCAUGUGCACUACCUGACAUGAGGCCAGAGGAGAGAACGUACAGGGAAAGGACUGAUCCAGAGCACAAAGGAGCUGCUGCAGCGAGGACUAAAGCUUCAAGUCACCAGGACUCUUCCACAUCUGGGAGGGAGGAAGCCUCAGCCUUUUGUGUUUCCUCCCGAGAGAAAACGUCUGCAGCUCAGGUGGAUGCUGUGUCUGUGAGGAGUAAGAAUAGGCAGCUGUACCUGCAGGGAGCUGGAGCUGAUGUAGUAGAUAACUGUCUGGAUUCACAGCAGCACAGCAGAGCCUUCCUCCAAGAGGCUCCCAUCAGAGAAGAGAAGCGCACCGAUUGGAGUUUAACCAGCGGUGACUCAGACAUAGGUUUCCAAAUUCCCAGACUCUCUUACUCUGGGAGGAAAGUAGAACCGGUCAAGCCGUUUUCAGUUUCUGCUGCGUUGUCCAAUGACAUCGGAGAGUUUGGUGGGCUAACACCAGAUCUUUCUGACCUGACAGUUUACAAUGAGAUUGCCAAAAAGACGCCACACUCCCAGAUUUCAGACUUUCCCAGUGUGAAGACUAGCGCACACAGACAACCCACUCCAGGUUCUGAAGGAGAGAAGCACCAUGACGGUGAACCCAGGCGUUUGUUUUCUGAGCUCAGGCAGCGGCAGCAGGACAGCGGCUUUGACAGUCCAUUCUACCAACACAAAUAACAGCCUGAAGUAGUUUUAAUUCAGCUUUCCAAAUGGUGCCUUUUGAUAUAAUGUACAAGGUUUACAUGUUCUACAGCUUUAGCCUUCAUAGAUCCAUAGUGAUGUGUUGUUUAUUGGACGUGUGAAUUUCUGCUGGAUUCAUUAUUUAAUUUUAAUUUGAUCAUAAUUGACCUGUCAAAGCUGCACAGUGAUUCUCCAAUUGGAGUUGGGAAACGUCCACAUCUCUAGUCAUUUAAAAAUUAAUUUAAUGUAUAUUAUUUGAUGGUUUGAGAAAUAUAGUCUUUAACUUUGUUGUUGUGAAUUAGAUCAUUAGAUUGACUGCUCUGAUAUUUGUCAAACAAAUCUGAAGCUUCAACUAAAAGCUUGUUAAAGGAAUUUGGCACAAAGACUGAAGUCAGUGAAGCAACUGACUCUGUCCAAAGGUGGACCAAUCUCUAAAGCUCAAUAAUUAACAUGUCAUAUCUUAGCAGCGUAACAUCAGUGAAAACCUGAUGCUUUAUAGAGUCUGAGCACUUUUUGUCUACGACUCAGAUUCCACACUUAUGUGAGAACUCACUAGAUAUUGGUUCGUCCGUUACAUAACAAUGGACAAGUAAGUUUCAUAACUGUAGCUUAACUGAGCAGAUAUGACAGUGAAUGUUCCAUCAUUCUCGCCUUAAAAGUUUUACACACUUUCACUGCUUUUAUACAUAUUAUAGGUGUCAGCGUAAAAGCAGAUGAAUGUGAUCUGGCACCUCAGGCAUAACCAAAUAGUUCCGUUGUGUCCUAUACAUUUCAGGCUUAGUGAGGGCUUCCCUUAGCAGUUAAACUAAGUAAACAAAAUGAAAGUCAUUUAUCAUACAGCCUUUUAAAUUAACCUGUUUUUACCACCUUCACAGAGGCUGGUUUUGUAGAACACUAGUUUAUAAGUAUGAUACCAAAUAAAACUUGCACUAAAAAAGUUUGCAUUGUGAAAUCAGGGUUUUAUUUGCAGCUUAAUGUUACAACAUAAGGUCCAGUAAAGGAUAACUUCAUUGAUAUUCCACAUUAAAAUCCUCAAACAUUUGUGUACACUUUACUGUUAGUUCAACAAGCUAAUUAGUGACAGUGGUCACAUAUUGGUUCUGUGUUUGAUAAGGUGGUCUAUAUACAGUGUCAUUUUUAACUUGUGCUGACUUCUCUUUUACUGUCUUUUUAAGUGUUUUUUGAAAAACAUUUAUAUUAAGCUAAUGAGAUUUGCUGUGUAUUUUGUAUGUUACCUUCACUUUAUUUAAAUAAAUUUUAUGACUU